GGCUAGGAUACACGUUCAUUGUGGCUAAACUUGAACCAUCAGUCGGGCUUUGAUGCUCGAGGUGUGCGGGGUCACUUUGGCUCUGGGGGCACCGUUGACUUUUUCUUGCACUUUAAACAUGUCUUCAGGGGCAGAGUUGGAGCUGUGCAGCGAGGAGGCGUUCACCCAGCGGUUCCCUCUCCAUCGCGCCUGCAGGGAUGGGGAUGUAGCCGGGUUGCUCGCUCUGCUUCGGCGGCUCUCAGACCACGCAACCCCCACUGGGCACCUGAACACGGAGGACUGCCGUUACGGUUGGACCCCCCUGCACUGGGCUGCUCACUAUGGACAGCUGGAGUGCGUGAUUCUCCUGGUCCAGAUGGGCUGUGAGGUCAACACAGCUAGCAGCCGCUUUGACCAGACCCCCACUCACACCGCAGCAUUUGGGGGCCACUCUCAAUGUGUGGUGUGGCUCACCCAGGCCGGAGCCGACGUCAACAGGCAGGACCUGACUGGGGAGGCUCCCAUCCACAAGGCGGCGCGCACAGGCAGUCUGGAGUGUAUCCAGGUGCUGCUCAUUGCUGGAGCCAAACCACAUGUGAGGAACGCUUGUGGACAGACCGCAGCUGACCUGGCUCAGGCUCAGGGCUUCCUCGACUGUUUCCAUCUCAUCUCCAGCCUGCUGCAGCUCCACAGCGCCCCCUGUGCUCUGGGCCAGGGCAGCAGGAAAAGGCUGCUGCAUGGACAUGAGCACAGUCAGAAGAAGAGGGCCAGAGCAGAUGACGAGCCGCAGCAGCAGACUGGAGCGGAGGACCAUAACAUGGACUGUGCAUUACAGCCAGAUGAGACGACAAACUUCACACCUGAUCUCCAAAUCCACCUUGACGACCACUUUAAGCUAGCUUCCCCACACUCCAUGUCCACUCAGGAUGGAGCGGAGAGGUGUGGCUCCCUGCACCUGAGCAGCAGUCCGGAGAGCUGGGGGUCCGAGUUGGCGGGGCACUGGGGUCUGGGGGGUGGGGAGGGGGCGGAGCUACUCUACGGACACUACCAUGGCUACGGAGACACGGCGGAGGAGCUAACUGUUUACACAUAACCUGAUAACAUCGCUAUGACGACAUGACUAUGGGAUAAGGAAGGGUCUUUAAGUUAAAUUCCACCCAAAUUUGUUAGCUAUUUGAGGUUACAUUUUUGUAGCAUACAGUUUUGUUUAGCAUAGCUUUUUCAAUUUUGACUGUUUCAACUGUUCCCCAUUUGGACUAAAGCAGAUUUUAAAUGUAAUGAAGAUAAUCAAAAUAUGUGGCAAAAUGUAUUACUCAUAACCUACUGGCCUUUUCUCAAAAUUGUAAAUGUUAAGAUGUACGUAGUGUCCAGAAAAGGGAUUCAAACCAGGGACAUUCUGGUUUGAGGGAAAUGUACUAUGCGUUGAACCACACUGACAUUUUUAUCUGAGAAAAAAUACUACAAAAAUGUACCAAAUACUUGAAUCGCAGAUACUCAAAAGUUAAUAACUCAAAUUGAAAAAAAAACUACAAUUUGCACUAUACAAAAUGUAUGGGGAAAAAAUGGCAAAAAGUGAUUUACAUUUAGUUAUUAAAUCAAAACGUUAAGACCAUAUGAAUGUUGUGAAAUGCAUUAGACUUAUGCAAUGUUUUUCAAUCAAAUUCCUCCAAAAAGCACUUGGUCCAACAUAGCACUUUGCAAACUAAUUGUACUAACUGUAUUUCAAUUGAAAACAAGGGGGAAAUUUUGUGUAUUUGAAAUAUAAUGUCUCUUUUGAUAUAUCGGCUUAAUAUUUUGUACUUUUUUUUUUUUUGGACAUCAAACUGUUCCGCUGCAACACUAUUGUUAUAAAAUGUGUAUUAAUAUGACUGUGUUUGCACUAUUGAUAGCUUUAGCACAUGAGGGGUAUAUUGUACUGUUAAGCAGCUACCAGCUUUGGACUUUGUAUUAGAGGUAUAGACAAUAGAAGGUUCUGACAGACCUGUAAGCCAAUGUUUCAGUUUUGUAUUUCUGUACUUUGUAACGGUUUCCAUAUUAAAACAACUCAGUAUUAAGUUUUUUUUC